UCCCCCCCCCCCAUUUUGCAGAUGACCACAAGCCUGGCACAUGUCCCACCCCAGUUCAGAACGGCGACACGAUGUGCGGCCACUUCUGCCUCACUGAUUUCAGCUGCCCGGGCAAUGAGCGCUGCUGCGCAACUCCCUGCGGGCAGCAAUGCGAGCUCCCGCAAGAAGAUGUCAGAGGAUAUUGCCCAUCGCUGAUUCUCCCGCCCAGCAAUGGCACCACCUGCAUGGCAAAGUGCACCAGUGACAUGGACUGCAACCAUGGCGGUCACAUUCCCUGGAAGAAGUGCUGCUCCUCUAGGGCUGGGAAGCUGUGCCUGGAGGCUGCCGAAGAACACCCCGGCAUCUGUCCCCGGAGGCAAGCGGUGCAGACCUUUGCUCCCUGCAUCAACACCUGCGGCGAUGACCGGGACUGCCCCCUCACCGAGAAGUGCUGCUUCACCGGCUGCGGCCGAGGCUGCCUGCCCUCAGUCCGCAGCGUCCGGUGUCAGUUGCCUCGGGACCAGGGGAACUGCUCGCAGCAUUUGGAGCGCUUCUACUACAGCCCGUCCGAGGAGGAGUGCGUCCCCUUUGUCUACCGCGGCUGCGGGGGCAACCGCAACAACUUUGAGACCAGGAAGCAGUGUGAAAAGGCCUGUGGGGAAAUCAGUCCAGGUACGGAGGAUCAGUUUUGCAUUGGUGACCCUGGUCUGGUCAGGCCGGACAGCCACCGACGCCUCGCCUCGCUCCCCCCUGCCCCAGCACACCCUCCCCCCCGCCCCGGACCUUGGAGACCUUGGAGACGAGAAGGGGACAGA